AUGGUCGCCCGCCUCUUUCUUACUGUAGCACCGCAAGCUGAGCUCUACAUUGCAAAGGUAGCAGAUAAGCAGGAAAUGCUAGACAAUCAGUUACAUCGCAUUACUGAGGCUAUAAAAUGGGCCGUACUAGAGUGUGAUGUUGAUAUUAUCUCAAUGUCUCUACUACUCCCUAGGGAGCAUUCUGGUAUUGAUAAAGAGCUCACUGAGACACUUUCACCUUCGUCCCAGGAUGCAAAGCGGAAGCUUGUCUUCGCUGCCGCUGGGAACUUUGGGCUUUUUAAACAACGAGCAUUUCCGGCCAGAAAAGAAGGAGUCAUCGCCGUUCAUGCCGCAGAUGGGAGCGGCGAUGAGCCGAGGUUCGUUCCGAACCCCGAGAGUAAACCAGAUCCCGAGAGUGAACUAAAUCUCUCGACUCUUGGCGAAAAUAUCAAGAUGCGAUGGCCGGAUUCCGACAACCCUGGUGAAAUGAAAGACAUCUACAUAUCUGGCUCGUCAUACGCAACACCAAUUGCAGCCGGGAUUGCUGCAAAUGUUCUUGAAUUUGCGCGGCAUAGGUUGAAAAUGAAUGAGUGGAUGAAAGACGAGAUUUACUCGCAUCAUGGUAUGGCGAAGAUUCUGAAGGCAAUGUCUUGUCGUAGGGGAGGGUGUGACUUCGUGCAUCCGUUGGCUUUUUGGGAACGCGCGUUUCACGGUGGCAUUUGGGAGACGCAGAUGUUACCGCACGAUAACCCCUUGAACUCUAUACUUUUUGAUCAACCAUGGGCUAUCUCACUCGAGCCCCAGUCAGAUUUUACGAAGGGGGAUAUCAGGGCUGGAACUGGGGGUCUAAGGACCGGGGCAACCAAGCGUACACCUAAAGUGGAUAUGAUAACGGAUGACGAAUACGAAGCAGAGACUUCAUCGUCAAACCCGUCGAACUUGUGCUCGACCCAAGCAACAGAGGACUACAGAGCCGAAAAUUGCAUUGCCAAGCACCCAAGAGAACUACCCCUCCAUGUUGCCUUUCGUAUAACUGAUGAUGAUGAUCACCAACAGGGCUGCGAUGUACCACCAAGUCGAUGCUCAGACCGUGAUCGGUUCGAACACGAAGAUCUUCCAAAAUUAGGCUUAGAAGAACUUGAAUAUUUUGAGGUCAAAACCACCGCCGAGCUUCCCUUCGAGAUCCCCAAGAGUUCACAAUAUGAAAGACCAACUAUACCAACUAUCGUGCCUGUUAAGGCAAAAUCUCAAAAUACAAGGCGUCAAUUCGUUAUGGAAAAAUUUAAUCUUGAGUCAGAGCUCGGAGAAGGUGCAGAUGAGAGAAUGAAAAGACUUUGCCUUAAAGAAGCUAUGACACUCUGGCAUGCCCGUCACCAGCAUGUUAUUGAAGUUGCCAUGGCAUUUACCUUUGAAGGCGACGAUACUGAUGACGUGGAAGGGCCAUAUUUUGGUAUCAUCAUGGAACUUGCUGAACAGGGUGACAUUAGCAGGCAUCUCGCAUGCCAAAGACCGCCUGCUGAAAGGGCAAAGAUCUCAACGUGGUUUGCAUGUCUUACAAAUGCUAUAGCCUAUAUCCAUAGCAUUGGAAUUAGGCGCCGAGACAUCAAACCAGGCAAUAUUCUUCUGAAAAAAGAUGGAAGUGUCAAGCUCGCCGAUUUUGGAAUCUCCAAGAUGCGCCUUGGGAGAACAUCGUCAACGACCACACCGGAGGGCCCCAGAGCCAACACACCGAGAUAUGCUGCACCUGAGGUUGGCGAGGGAGGAACUCGCGGUCGUCAAGCUGAUAUCUUCGCUUUGGGAGCAGUCUUUCUCGAGAUGCUAAUCGCGCAUUCGUUUAAGCAUCUCCGUCCGCAGUUGUCAGAAAAACUUAAGCCAAGCAGACUUGGUGCACGUUUCGGCCGUGAUGUCUCAGGUCCAGCAUACGCUCCUUCUUUACGUAAGAUACACGAUUGGAUCAAUGAAAUACAAGCAGAUCUGACAUGUGGCGAGGAACAUUGGCAUCGCACUAUUCUCAGCCUUUGCCUCAGAAUGACGAGCGAAAUUAGAGAGGCGCGCCCAUCAGCUGAGGAAGUGUACUCCAUUAUAUCGGGAUCAGAAUCAUUAAAAAACGAAGCACACGAAGCAGGCUCAAGUUGCAACUGUGAUGUGGCUAGUGUCCAGACAGAGAAUCAAAAGUUGAUCGAGGCUUGCCAGAGGCUGGAUGGGUAUGAUGAAGUGGUAUCCCUUCUCGAAAAUGAAAACAACUUGCAAACCAAAGGGGCGAUACAACAGGCAGCGUCACAUGGCCGCUUGAGCGUUGUGCAACAAUUUCUUGCUCGAGGAGCAGAUGUCAAUCAGCUUGAUUACUGUAACCAGACAGCGCUCCAUUGCGCAGCUGCGUGUGGACAUGCUGAUGUCGCCAAGCUCCUCCUUGAACACGGUGCGAAGAUUGACAUCAAGGAUGAAGAAGAACAACUUCCGCUUCACUGUGCAUCUGGCCAAGGACAACUUGAGGUGGUCGAGACGCUUUUGGCGCAUGAUAUAACCGGCGCUACCUCGUUGAGUACAGAUUGUUAUGAGCAGAUGCCGCUUCACUGCGCGGCUAAACGAGGUUUUACGAACGUCGUACGUUUUCUGAUUGGUAGAAUGAACAACAACAGCAGUAACGACGAUGCAGUCGUGAAGACUGACGCCCGACAACGGACGGCUCUUCACCUAGCAGCUGGAUAUGGAUCGGAAGCGGUGGUACGCCUGCUUUUAGACAAGGUCACUGAUAAAGGCUUCGUCGAUUCUCUUGAUGAGAUCGGGAUGACUGCACUUCACUGGGCCACUAUUGGAAGGCAGCGCAAUGGCAGUUAUACCAAAGUUAUGGAAGUGUUGCUGGAAAGAGGCGCGGAUGUGAAUAUCCGGGGUGGUGCAGGUUAUAAGACGGCGAUUGAUCAUGCACGCGAUAAUCGAGAUGAGGAACGAAUUGCUGUCUUGUUGCGUGCCGAUAAAAUAGCACGAUGA